AUGCAGGGAAAUAAGAAACAUACAGAAGGACAUAGUGACUCCUCAAGUAUUGGGAGUCUCCUGGAUGACACAGACAGAGAGGUGAGCAGCCUCACAGACCGGGCUUUCAAAAGUUUGUGUGUGGCAGAACUCGAAGAUUCUUACAAUGAACCAGACCUUGCCAUUUCACCUGACUUCGCCCUCCAGUUCUCUGCUAAAUUUCACCCAGGGACGUUAAACCAUGCCAUCAAGAAAAGCAACGUCUGUAACAAGCUAACAGCAAGAAACAAUGAACAUACAAUAUGGGCUUCCACAUUCCAGCGGUUACCAAAGUGUGCUCCGGAGGAGAAAAGGAUUGCUAAAAAUAACACCUUUGCCACGGAAAGGAAAAAGCUGAAUUUGCCAGUCCCUGGUCCAAGGAACAAUAAGCAUGUUUCAAAAGUGUCCUCGUUGAUUAAGACAUUUGAUAAGACUGCAGACCAAGGGUCAGGAGGUUCCCUGAUAGCCAUUAAGCAGCCCAUUAAGAAUAGCUUUCAAAAAUGUAAAUUAAAUCAUGGAAAUGAUAUGGCUUGCUGGGAUGACACAGACAUUUUAAGCAUCCACAAGGAACUUUCUGAAUUUUCUGAGGAUAGUCAAGGUAGCCACUGUCUCAGUGGCAAACAUGAGCCACAGAAAAGACCUAAUAAAAUAGACCUGAGUUAUUGUGGCUCUGAUGGUUAUUAUCCCGUGCUUAUUGAGAUGUCAAAAGUAGCCAAGUCAAAUUUUUCCCGUUCUUCUAAAAAGGCUUUAAAAAACAGAAGUAUGAAAGUUAAUGAGCCAGCAAAAAAAGGUAAUUUUCUUCACAGUGAGAAUAGUGCUUUUGAAUCAUGGAAUGUUCACCAUAAAAAACUGACUGAAAAGGAGGAAUUUGUUGAUAUAAAAAUGAAAAAGGAUGGUCUUACAUACCUGGAAGAAGCACCAUUUAUUAAAGGAUCCCACACACGUGAACAUAAAUUGCCACCUGUCAAGACCACUGUUGCUAAGAAGCAGGAGAAAGAUUUUCAGAUGAAGCCAACUCCACCAGAAGCUGCUUUCAGCAUCCCUCUCCCAGCUGUAUAUGCACCUCAGGGCCCCCUCCCUUCGGAAACCAAAUUUCCUGCUGCUCUUCCUCCCGCCCCACCCCCUAGGAUCCAUGCGCACCAGGGUCCCCCUCGGCCACCCCCUGUCCCACAGGCACUUUCUCUUCCAACCCCCACCCAGCAGGGCCAUCCCCCAACACCCCCGACCCCUGAAGCCCCUCCUGUGCCACCACCCCCAGUGCCAGCUCAACUUUCCCCCCCUGCCAUGUCCCAAGCCUCCGUCUCACCCCAGUCCGUGUCCUACAGGAUGGUUUCACCCUCACCCAUGUCCCAGGCACCCAGCCCGCCUCCACCGAGACCCCUGGCCACCUUAGCUGAAGAGGAAGCCCUCAGUCCCCAACUGGGCAAUACCUGUCCACCCUGGAGGAGACAGAGGGCUACAAAAGGGGCAGCAGAGAGGAGGCAGACUUCAAAGGAGAAGUUCACAGCCAGCGAUGAGACGUGCUCAUUGUCUGAAAAGGCGACUGGUGCCGAACCUGGUCUGGACGUGACUUCUCUGGCUAAACAAGUAAACUCCCCUGGAUCAAUCAGUCCCUCUUUCAACAUCACUGAACUCUUAACACCCAUCAUACCACCAAAACAGGAGGUGGACGCUGUUGAAAACGAACUGAUCCCGCUGACACCUCCUCCCACUGAGAGCACGGCAUUGAGAGACCACGAGGGAAGCGCGUUUGGCGAUUACACGUCUCGGGAUAGUUACAAAUCGAAAGCAUCGAGUCUGUUAUUCAACUUGAAGGAUGUGCGUAAACGUGUUAAAAGCACUUAUACCCCUUCUCCCCUGCUAAGGGCCUUGGAGGAGAAAAAUAAAACUAGGGAAAAUAUACCGGAGAGUACAAAAAUGAAUGCCUCACUCUCAACUUUACAAGAAAAAAGUAACAAAAAUAUUGCAGAGAAAGAUGAAUCGACUGAUAUAACCUCCGUAUUGUCUGGCAGUGUUCACAAAAAGGACAAUAAAACUGAUUUAACUGGACAUUUUACAGACAAUUACCUGACUUUGAAUUCACCCCGGACAACAGCGGACCUUUUAUUUUACCAAACUGGAGACAACUUGCAGCAAGAUGAUUCAAAACAUGAAGAUCUAGUUAAAAACACAAGGGAUAAUGAAAACUUCCCCUCGUUCAGACAUGAAUCAAAUGAACCUGAUUUAAGAAAAAUUCUGCAGUAUCCAGCACUGAAACCAUUCAGUAGAGACAAUGCAGAUACAACAGCUGGGCAGCCCAUGCAAAAUCCCAGUGUCCAGGGUGAGGAAAAUGAGAGACAGGCUGCUAUUCAGAAUGAAAAUUUUGCCUUCAAAAUGCUCCCAAACCAACUCUCACCAGCAGAGGAUGUGCCUUACAGUGACACUCAAACCAGUAUAGUGGUACCUGGCCAUGAAGCACAAGGCAAAAGAAGCACUAGUUCUUCAGAGCAAUCUUUUGUCUCCACGGUAGAGCAGCCACUUCAGGAGGAGCUGUUUCCACCAGUGCCCCUGGUGCAGAAGGCAAGCCUUCAAGAAAGCCAGAGGACUAAGAGCGAAAUGGGUGCAGACAGUAAGAAAAGCCACAAGGAGAGAGGGAAAGAGGUUGGGGAAGAUGAACUGCAAUAUUAUGCUUGUAUCAGCUCUGGUACUGGUGCAGCAGAGAAGAGGGAGGGGAAGGUUGCUGGGAAUGAACAGAGGAGCAUGAUGAAAGAGAAACUAAGAAGAGAGAAAAGGGAAGAGGCCAACAGCAUGGAUUCCACUUCCAACAGUAUAAGGGACAUGUCCAUCCCCAGGUCUGAGGAACCACAAACACCACCAUCUUCAAGCUCAAACAAACCCAGUCUGUUUAUGAUUAAAGAUAACACAUUCAGGUCACCUCAAGUAAUAAGGGCUGUUAAGCUGCCCCUGUUCAGGUCCUUUUCCCUGGAUGAUACAGUGAGCAGCAGUUAUAAGGAAAUGGAAGGUAGGUUUAUGCCCCCAGCAGAGCACAACAAGCAGCACCAAAACAUGUUGCGUGCCCAGGAGGCAGGCUGGUCGGCAUCGAGGCACAGAGGGCAGCAGAAUGUGAGGGAAGGAGCAACCGACAGAGGGAAAGAGGCCAGUGAGCCUGGAUCUACUUCAGCAACACUGGAUCCCAGUCUUCUGGAAGAUACAGAGAGCUUUUCAUUAGGGAAGCUGAUGGAAGAAGAUGAAGAGACUUGUGCUUUGUUAAAUAAAUUUGGGAAAGUGAAUGAGGAAAGGGUCUGCAGAAGGAAAGAGAAGCCCCAGAUUAGGAAGGCAAGACACAGCUUAACACAGUCAAAUUUAGAUCUGGAAAAUGACCAAGCACAAAACAACCCCAGCUAUCCCACAGAAAGAAAGACAAAUUACUUUAAGAAUCAUCAUUUAUCUAAUCGCAGAGGUGGCUCUUGUGCAAAAAAAAUAAUCACUAGGGACACAAUUUCCCCUGUGACUGGCUCCAUAUCAGAGGACCACAUGUAUUCUCUUGUAUCCCAUGAAGCUUUAGAGGACAUCCUACAUACAGAAGGUGCACCGGUUUUGUUAGACAGUCUUGCAUGCUCUGCUGUUACAAGCCCCAGGUCAGGCAGCACAAUGCACUCUUUUGCUGCCAGUUCAUCUUCAGACAAACCAACAAUUUCUGGCCUUAGAGAGACAGAGGAUGUUAUAAACCCUGCUUUGCUGAACAUGGCACUAAAGAGCCAAGCUGAUAUGUCUGCAGAAGAGAUACUUGAUUCAGCGCAGAGGAAUCUGCUUUCCGAUUCUGCAGGGGAAGCUGAGAGACUGGAGCCCAGGAGACUUGGGGAGAGAGCAGCAGGCAAGCCUCCCGCUGUGCCACCAAAAACAGAAAAGGCUCUACGGCGGGCCAAAAAGCUGGCAAGCAGGAGAAAGAAAAUGCAAGAGGAGCAGAAAAAACAUCAGACUGAGCAUACAGAUACUGUAGGGAGAAAGCCUUCCCAUUCUGGACAGACACUAGCAUCUCCUUCACCCUUGGGAUAUUCUCCUCUCCAUCCUGCCACUCACUCAACUUUUACUCCCACAGAAACCAAUACAGGAAGACCCAGUGGUGCAUCAGCAGUAAGCCCUUCACCCUCUUCAACCCAGCGUAAACUCCUCCAAGACCCUGACUCUGGUCAAUACUAUGUAGUUGAUUUACCAGCUGAAGUUAAUUUAAAGACAUUUUAUGACCCAGAAACUGGCAAAUAUGUUCAAGUCUCCGUUCCUUCCUUGGAAGGGAACUUAUGCCAGCCCCCCUCUUCAGAAAUUAUGAAUUCUCCCUAUGCCUCCUACCCUAGAGUGCUGCCUUUACCAGCUUCAUCUGUAGCAGUGCUGAAGUCACCUUCUCAGCUCUCUGAACCUACCAGGUUAAUGCCAGCUGUACCAGGAGAACCAGUUGAACUACCUGAAGAUGGCCAGCAGGACUACAGAUACACUGAAGCUGUGAAUACUCAGCCUUAUAUUGAACCAACCUCUUACUCCUACAGUAAGGAGUCAGACGCUGACGAAACUCAAGUUCACUUGGGAAAGGACAUGAGCCCAACCCCAAAUACUGACACAGUGUCCCUCACUGAUUUAGAUGAUUUUGCUGCUGAAGGAGUAUCUUGAAAACUGAAAUAACAAAAUAUGCCAGCUAGUGUUUUUAAGAACUGUUUGGACAGACACGUGGACACAAAAGCACAUGCAGAUUUGAUGUUUGUACAACACUUUAUGUGUGAAUCUCAUUGUGGUUUGGGUGGGAAGGAAAAUGAAAGCUGACCGCGUUGAAAGAUGCGAGGUGAUGAUCACUCUGAAGAAGAGUGAAAUUGAGUAAACACCAAAUUAUCAGUGAGAUGAAGGGGCAAUGCCAGCUAAACAAAUAAAUACAACACAAAAAGCCACCGCUUGCUGCUGCUGCUGCUUUGCCAUUAUGGUGGCUGGGAUUGCCAAAGCAAGUGUCCUUUUGCCCAGAUGUGUUGCAUAACAUAUGACACAAAGUAAAACCUGUGAGACCAUCCUGUCCAUCCUAUGAGACCUAGGACAGAUGCCGCAUCUACUGAACUUUCCUCACUCACUGCCUUUGAACUAUAUUGACAGGUAGAAAGCUUAUGGCUACAAAUAUGCCAUAAACCCAAGAUUCAUUUUUUGCACAUAUUGACUGCCCAGAUGUUAUUGACAAGAAGAUUGUAUACUGGAUGCACAAUACAAUAGCCAUGUCAAAAAACCUUUAAACAACCAGAACACAGUUGCAGCUGCUCUAGACUUCUCGUAUACUUUGCAGUGUCCACUAACAUGCUGCUGAAUUCUUUAUAUUUCUUGAUAAUGUUCAAAUAAGUUCCCCUAGAGUCAGGGGUUAUUUAUAAUGCAGCUUAAACUUCAACUUAUCUUGAUACUUGGCCUGAAAUAUUUUGGCAAGGAGCAAGGUUGAAUGAAAUCCUGUAACAAUAUUUAAUUUUUUGUUAGGAUGAGAAGAUCUUUGCUUAUUAUAAUUGAAAUGCUUUUUGUUUUGUUUUGUUUUCAGGCUCCCACUGAAACACAGUGCUAACUUUUAAAACCUGAAAAACGUACCUAAUUUUGGUCUUGUGCAUUCUGUGAUUUUAAAAAAAAGAAAGAGAUACAAAACAUCCAAAGUAUUAAUUUCUAGAAAAGUGCUUCUUGGGAUUAUCACUUUUCUUUGAAAGAUCUGUAUCAAAACAUCACUCAUCCUUGCAUAAACUCUUUUUUAUCAUCAUAGAUAAUGAAAGAACCUUGGUGAAAAGAUGGAAAAAUUGAAUGUAAUGUACCUGCUUAUAAAUAUCUAUAUUUGGAGUAUUGGUUUACUUUUUCUCUCUCUCUUUUUCAUACUGUUUUCCCCAAUUAAAACUGAAGUGCAGGAGCUCUAAGGAAGAAUUAUACCAGUGACUUUCAGCCUGAUUCACAUCUUAGGCUAUUUUUACAGGAUCGUUUUCAAUGAAGCAACUCUUGACUUCCUGAAAAGAAAGGGAAGAAUCAGGCCUUUUGUUAAUAAAUACAUGGAG